GAGGCUCGGCGUGAGCGGCCUGGGGUUUGGUUCUGCACGAUGGCGUCUCGGGCAGGCCCGCGAGCGGCCGGCACGGACGGCAGCGACUUUCAGCACCGGGAGCGCGUCGCCAUGCACUACCAGAUGAGGUAUGAGAUUGUUAACUCUGCUGGCUGUGGUGUUUGAAGAGACCCCCACACUGGCUCAGCUGUUAGGAGCACUUGCUGUUUUUGGAGAGGGUCUGAAUUCAGUUCCCAGCACCCACAUCAGGAGACUCACAACCAACCACCUGUAACUCCAGUUCCAGGGGUUCCGAUGCCCUCUGGCUUCCCGACAGCACAGGCGUGUUUGUGGUGCACACACUUAAGUGUGACGCUCAAGUGUGAAAUCAAGAAGCUAAUCUACGUGCAUCUGGUCAUAUGGCUGCUGUUGGUUGCCAAGAUGAGUGUGGGACACCUGAGGCUCUUGUCCCAUGAUCAGGUGGCUAUGCCCUAUCAGUGGGAAUAUCCGUAUUUAUUGAGCAUUGUGCCCUCUCUCUUGGGCCUUCUCUCCUUCCCUCGAAACAACAUCAGCUACCUGGUGCUCUCCAUGAUCAGUAUGGGGCUCUUCUCCAUCGCUCCCCUCAUUUAUGGCAGCAUGGAGAUGUUCCCUGCCGCACAACAACUCUACCGCCAUGGCAAGGCCUACCGCUUCCUGUUUGGUUUCUCUGCUGUCUCCGUCAUGUACCUGGUGUUGAUACUGGCAGUCCAAGUUCAUGCCUGGCAACUGUACUACAGCAAGAAACUCUUAGACUCCUGGUUCACUAGCACACAGGAGAAGAAACGUAAAUGAAGCCUGCCUGAUGGACACGUGAAGGGAGCUGUUCAGAAUAUCCAUAGACUGUGGCAUCUGUGAUGUUGGCACCUAGGGCACACUAGGCUCAAAUUUUGGCCUUGAGUUCUUUGUUACCAUCUGCUGAGGUGAUGAAGCUGUAGUGUUUAAUUUAUUCUUGACUGGCUACAAAUUGGGUGACCAAUGGCUGUGGGACACUUCAACUGGCUGAAGUUGAAGACCUCCAGACUGAGCCUUAUCCUUGCCUUCUCUUGGUCAAAUUCCCUACUUCCAUUUAUCACCUCUUCACCACCAAUACUAAAGAGAUCUGGAAUAAAUCAGGACAGAAAUUCUUCUUCGAUCUGUAGGUCAUGGGGCAGGCAACUUUUGGGAAGUUGCUCCCCCUACAGGCUGCUCUGUUUACUGCAAGCCAUUUUAAUUAAAAAUGAACUUCAAUAAAGUUAAGACUGUCCUGUG